AUGCCUUCACGUCGCAGCCAUACAAAAUCCCGAAACGGCUGUCUUCGAUGCAAGCGAAGGCAUGUCAAGUGUGAUGAAGGAACUCCUAAAUGUAGCUUGUGCAGGAAGCGAAGACUAGAAUGCAUAUACCCACCACCACCUGCUGAUGCCGAUGGCCAAGACCCAUCUACACCAAAUGAUGGCGUGGAAGCGAUAGCAAGCUCUGCAGAGUUACCACUACCAACACGGAUGAUUGAGAUGAGACUUUUUCAUCAUUAUCUUACUGUGUCCUACAUCACCAUGUGCCAAGGAAGUUUAGAUGCUAAUCAUUUUCAAUCCAUUGUUCCGCGGAUGGCCAUGUCUCACCCAUACCUCUUGGAUAGCCUACUGGCAUUUUCGUCGUUGCACCUAGCUUCGAUUGAGGUCGAUGAUAAGUGUCAAUGGCUGGAAGUCGCCCUCAUGUAUCAAAAUCGAGCCUGCUCCACCCUGAGCCAGGUGCUAGCAGACUUCUCGCUGGAGAGUUGCGGUCCUGCCUUCGUCAGUUCUAUCUUUAUCAUGCUGUGCGCAACUGCCUAUCCUUGUAUUUCUCAGGAUAGUCGUGCGUUUGACCCACUCGCCCAUGUUUUAGAAACUCGUCGGUUGAUUGCCGGUUGCUCCUUUCUCUUUCAGCAGCUUGGCAAAAUGGAACAACUUGGCGAGAUGAAAGGAUGGCUACAGUAUAACGAUCCAGACAAGCCGCAAGCGGCUGACGAACUAGAAUCGAAGUCAGACCCAGAAAUGGUGCGACUACGGAGGGAACUUUUGGACUCCCUCGAUCGACUCCGCGGAAACAUCGAUCACGUCGACGAGCCACAUACUGCUGCCUAUCUGAGUACCUGGGAGUUCCUUCAGGCGGCGGUCAAGCAGUGGCCAUUCGGUGGUCCCAAUGGUGGGAUUCUCGCUUUCCCCAUUAAUAUCAGCAAGGCCUACAUUGAACUGCUGAAAGAAGGGGAGUGGAUGGCUCGUAUUCUAUUUCUGCACCAUGGAGUCAGUAUGCACCUCAUUUCGGAUAAGUGGUUUGUUAGAGAUUGGGGACGACGUCAGGUUGCGGCUAUUCUACAAUCUCUUGAAGAGGCUCCGCCUGAAUGGACGGAUACUCUUGCAUGGUCAAGGCAAGCGGUGGGACUUGACAGGACGAGCUCAAAUUAA